AUGAAAGGUGCGCCCUCGAAGGCUAGGACCGAAGCUAGCAUCACCUCCUUUACGCAGCUGGGUCUAUCCGCGCGCCUAGAGCGAGCUCUAUCUGCCUUGCGCAUCACCGUGCCGACGCCUAUUCAAGCCUCAGCUUUACCUUCUAUCUUUUCCUCCUCGGACAUCAUAGCCGGUUCCCCCACCGGUUCCGGCAAGACCCUCGCAUUCGCACUUCCCAUUCUCUCUUCGCUCGAGAAAGAUCUGAUAGCAGGUGCAGCAGUCAUCCUAACGCCCACUCGAGAAUUGGCUCAACAGCUCUACGAACAGAUCGUCGCUGUCGCGACGGGCGCUGCGCUGGGUGUCAAUGUGGCCCUUGUGCUGGGCGGUCAGGAUAUGAUGAGACAGGCUCAGCUGCUCAAUCAGAGACCUAACAUCGUCGUCGCCACCCCCGGAAGAUUGGCUGACUUGCUUGGCAAUGCAGAUCACCAAGCUCUUAGCAGGUGCAAAUACGUCGUGCUAGACGAAGCAGAUAGACUUCUCACGCCCACAUUCAGCGACGCGCUCUCCACAAUCUUUUCCGCUCUUCCGCCCUCGUCUAUGCGUCAGACGCUGCUGUUCUCAGCAACGCUGACCCCAGCCAUCGAAGCGCUAGCUACAAAGCCUCGUUCAGCAGAAGAGAGGCCAGUUCGGGUAUGCAGGAUAGAAGGCCCAACCAGCACGCCUCCUCAGCUGGUGCAAAAGUACAUCUUUGUACCUAGUCACGUGAGGGAACCAUACCUCUAUCACUUGUUGCUCAAUGCGCCUUGUCCUAGUCGAUCGAAAGGCGACGGUCGAUCAAAAUGGGAGGAAGAAGAAGCAAGUGGUAUGGGCGAAGAGGACGAGGAUGAUUUGGAGAGCAAGGUGGUUCCUACAAUCAUCUUCGUCUCUCGCUGCCGAACCGCAGCUCUUCUUUGUCGCAUGUUGGAAGAGCUUGGCAUUCCGAGCACGACGUUGCAUUCACAUCUGCUCCAAUCCGAUCGGACAGCCAAUCUGCAAUCUUUUCGAGCUCGCAAGAUUCCCAUACUCAUCACGACGGAUGUGGGCUCGCGAGGAUUGGACGUGCCAGAGGUGGAGUUGGUGGUGAAUUGGGAUCUGCCUAGAGAUUGGAGAGAUUACGUGCAUAGGGUCGGUAGGACGGCUAGAGCUGGACGAGAAGGAAGCGCAGUGAGCUUUGUAGGAGAGAGGGACGUGGAGCUGCUCAAGGGCAUAGAACAAAACAUCCACGUCGAAAUGACGGAGCACUCCAUGCCGGAGGAAAAGGUGCUCGAGAGGCUCAAUGCAGUGUCCACGGCCAAGCGGAUCGCCAAUCUGGAGCUGCACGAUACCAAAUUUGGAGCUAGACAGGAACACAACAAGAAGAAGGCGGCAGAGAGGGUAAAGAUUGAAGAAAAGGGUCGCAGACGCAAAAAGUCAAAAGCGCCGAAAAGCGCUUCUUGA